UGGCUACAUGCCGUGUCUUGGCGAUAUGCCGAUUCCCCCUUUCUUUCUUUGAUCCAAUCCAUCUCCAAUCGUAUCCAUCUUCAAUCGAUUCCUUCUCCGAUCUGAGUCCUCUGUUGAAUCUCCUUCGAUUUCUCUAAGAUCGCUUCUGCUCCCAUCAAUCCCCAUAGUCCCCUGCCCUUCUUCCUCAAAAAAUUCCCAAUUUGCUGUGUUGACUGAGAGUGCGCCCUUGCUACUGCAGGUAACCCUCUUCUUCUCUGAUCCAUCUCUUCUUGUGUUUUGUGGACUGCUAGGAGUUCCCCCCAGCCCCCAUAGCUUUUGCCCACCGCCGCUUCCACUCUGCUUCCAACAACCUCGACGACAUCCCUCCUACACCUCACCAACAACGCUGCUGGCUGCUGCUCCGAGAGAGUUGCAUGUCGUUUCUCCUAUACUCCAGUCCCUAACCACACUUCGCCGCCACGAGAAUCGCUGCCUUUACACGCCACCGCUGCAGACCCGUCCAACCUUCAAGCCUGUGGCAUUAGCAGGGACCUGAACAAGUCCUCCAAAUAGAUGUACUACUGUGUUGGACCAUCAGUUUUUCAAGCAUCUUUCUUCCUGGAGAUUGUGCUUCCACGGGGCACAUCUUUUCCAGAGACACAAUGAAGCUCGUUGGUUGGAACUGCCGAGGUAUGGGCAAAGACCUCGAUAACUCCACCAAGAUGGAGUAUCUUGCCAGGUUUAUGAGAUCCACAAGUGCACAAAUAACUUUUGUUUCAGAGACAAGAACAUCGAGGUACAGUUCUUCACAUGUUAACUCUCGUUUUAACUCUUUAGAUAGCUUUGUAGUUCCAUCUGAUGGUCGAUCGGGAGGUCUCUGGUUGCUAUGGUCUGAUGAUGUUCUUCUCUCUGUCAAGUUCUUCAGCCACUAUAUGAUUUUAGCUCUUGUUGUCGAUAGAACUUCUAAUGUAGAGUUUGCUCUGGCUUGUGUUUAUGGAGAUCCUCAUCAUUGCCAUACUAAAAUGAUAUGGGAUCAGGUUUCUAGUUUUGUAAAUGAUAACCUUGGGAAACCAGUAAUUUGUCUAGGUGAUCUAAAUGAUAUCAUGUGUGAUGAGGACACCACUUCUAUUAAUGUGAAUAAGUAUCGGAUGCGUGCUUUCAAUUCUUAUAUCAAACAGUGUGGUCUGUUUGAUUUGGGGUUUAGUGGACCGGCUUACACUUGGACAAAUAUGCGUUUCUCCUCCAAACCUAUCUUUGAAAGGCUUGAUCGUUGUAUUGCUAAUGCAGAAUGGUGUGAUGUGUAUCCAAAUACUAAUGUUUUCAAUUUACCAAUCAUUCACUCCCUCAGUGAUCAUGCACCUAUUUUAAUUACCACUGAAUCCCAGGUUCGUAGGCCUAAACUUAACUUUAAAUUUGAAAAUUGGUGGACUUUUGAGGAAGAUUUUCAAGGUGUUGCAAAAAAGGCUUGGGAGUCUUCGAUUAGUAGACCGUUCCAUGCUAGAACCGCUAACCUUGCAGGAAACUUGAAAAGGUGGUGCAAAAAGAAAAAACCUUUACAACAACAACUUGAUAGCAUUCAAAAUCAGAUCAACGAGAUUCAACUGAAGCCAGUGCACAUGCAAGACCAUUCCCUUCAGGCAAGGUUAGUUGUUGAAUAUGAAGAAAAUUUGACCAAGCUCACUGAAUUUUAUCGACAACGCGCAAAGAAACAUUGGGCAACCCAAGGUGAUAGAAACACAUCUUUUUUCCACAAUGCUGUUCAAAAACGUAAGCGCCAGAAUCGUAUUGUUUUUAUUAAGGACAAUAAUGGUAAUAAUUUAUUUGACCAGGAUGAUAUUGCAAUGGAGUUUGUUAAUUACUUCAAGACUAUUUUCCGCUCCUCUACUAACAAUGACAGGACCAACUUAGAGACAGCAGUCCCACAAGAUACAAACGAUUUCACCAACUCGAUCCCCGAUAAGCAGGAGAUAUGGGAAAUACUCAAAGCCAUGAGGAAGAAUGCAUCUCCGGGACCAGACGGAUUCAAUGUUGGUUUCUACCUUUCGGCUUGGAGCUGGAUAGGAGAUGAUGUCACCACACUGGCAAUCAACCAGGGACUAAUCCUAUCCGCGGCUUGGAGAUUGGCGAAGGAACCACAAAGUCUGUUGGCACAGAUUCUUAAGGCAAAGUACCAUCAUGAUACAUCCAUUUGGAGAGCAAGCUCAAACGUGCCAAAGUCAGCCUUUUGGUCUGCAAUUCUUAAGGUAAAACCUCUUAUGAUUUCCGGUUCAAUAUACCAAAUUGUUGAUGGUAGUAGUUCGGUGUGGAGUGCUCCCUGGUUUAUGGGUUGGGAAACCAUUUAUGAUCAUCUCAUAAUACAACAACAACCCUUUACAUAUCCAGCACAGGUUAAAGACCUUUGGAUUCAUGGUCAAAAGCGUUGGAAUGCUAACUUAAUCACUUCUUUAUUUAGCUUCGAAACCGCUAAUGCAAUACUCCAAACUCCUAUAAUCAAUACAGAUGGUCAAGAUACUCUGGUUUGGAAGCUAACCCAUGCAGGUAAUUGUACAUCCAAAAGUGCAUACAAGCAUUGUUUCAGCAACCUACAACUUCCACCGAGGCAACGCCCAAAAACUGUUCCACCAGAGAUCAUCUCCCUUCUUAACCAGGUCUGGCGGGACAAAGAAAUGGCGCCGAGAGUUCAAACAUUCGCCUGGAGGCUUCUCAGAAAGGCACUUCAUACAGGUAAGAGGGCUAGCAGAUUCUCCAAGCACAUUAAAGAAGGUUGCUCUAGAUGUGAUAAUAAAGAAGAUGAAAUGCAUAUGCUAUUCUUAUGCCCUUUCUCUAAAGCAGCAUGGUUCUGUUCUCCCUGGUACAUUAGAACUGAAUCCCUUGCUGCUCAUCAUGGCUCUAUUCCUAAUAUGAUUUAUGCUUUGCUCACAUCUGGACAUCCACAAAUAAAACCCACUACUCUCUAUACCUUCCUGUGGUGUCUAUGGAAGGCUCGAAACGACACUCUCUUUUGCAGGAAAGUAAGCAGACCAUCGCAGGUUUUUGCCGCAGCUGAUGCUAUUAUCAGUGCUACUAAAUUAGAGAUCCGAAGUUCUACUGAACAACACAACGACUUGCAAGUCAACAACAUUCGUACACCUGCACCGCAACUUGAUGUCAUCCCUGGAUCGACCAUCGCUGAACCAUCAAUUGUAGCAGGCACCAAGAUAUUCACAGAUGCGUCAUGGGUACAAGUUGAACAGCAGCGAAAUUCUCCUAUGCCGGCUGGGCUAGGAAUAUGCAUUCAAGUGGAAGGAAAUCAACAGUGUUCCCAGCUCUUCAUCUCGGCUAUUUCGCCACCAGUGUCUUCGGUGCUACAGGCUGAAGCCUUUGGUCUUCUUCUUGCAGUGAAUCUGGCGGACCUUCUUCGACUCCAGCAAGUUACUUUCUUCACUGACAAUGCUACUCUUGCCAAAGCUGCAGCUAAUCACAAUUUACAGGAUGCCCCUGGUCAUUGGGAAAUCAGGUCACAUCUAGCCGGUGUAUUCAAUAGCAGCUCUUUUAACUCUGAUAGAAUAUAUCAUAUCUCCAGAGGUUUGAAUUUCAAGGCAGACCACUAUGCCAGGCUAGCUCUCAGGAUUCAGAAUACAACUUUCAGUUUUAGAUGCUUGGCUAGCUCUCAAGCAAAUGUUGCUUGUUCAUUUAGAGAUAUAUUGUCGGACCAAAGCGUUGCCAUGUGCACGCUGCUCUCUGUAAAGUGUUGUUAAAAUAAUAAAAUCUUUAUUGUACAAAA